AUGUCUAUUAAAAAAUUGAAUUUAAAUUAUAAAAGUGAUUUGAAAUAUACAUUAGACGUUGCAAAAUUAUUAGGCAAAAUUAUAUGUUUAUGGCCAAUAAAUUCAGAAAAAUUUCCUAUUAAAGCAAUAAUUAAAAUAAUUAUCAAUAUCAUUGCAUGUAGUCUAAUGACAGGUGUUAUAAUAUCAAAUAUUCUUUGUACAGCGUAUAAAGCAAAAAAUUUAGAUGAAAAAAUUGAUAUUAUUGGACCAACAUUUUUUUAUACAGUGUGCCUAUUAAAAUAUUGUUUCUUUUUAUAUCGUAGUGAAUCAUUUAAAAAAUGUUUAAAAUUUAUUAAAGAAGAUUGGAUGCAAGUUAAUGUUAAUGAGGAAAGAGAAAUAAUGUUAAAAAAUGCAAAAUUUGGUAGAACAAUGUCAAUUUGGUGUACUAUUUUAAUGUAUAGUGGUGGAUCAGGUCAUCAUUUUUUUAAACCACUAUUAUCAGAUAGUUUUUUAACUGAAAUGAAUAUAAGCGUUAAACCAUAUCCAUCACCAGUUUAUGGUGAUAUUUUUAAUACUGGUUUAAGUCCAUUGCAUCAAUUAACAUUUGGAACUGUUUUUUUUACCGAUUUUAUUAUGCUCUCAAUGGGCGUUUAUUCAUUUAAUAUUUCAACAAUUUUUUUAAUUCAAGCCUGUGGACAAUUUGAAAUUAUUGUACUUAAUUUGCAUAAUCUCGUUGAGGGAUUAAAUGAAAAUAAAAAAAAUACUGUUGAGAAGAGAUUUAUUGAUAUUGUUAAAAGGCAUACGCGUGUAUUGAGUUAUGUUUCUCAAAUAGAAAAAAUGUUUAGUGAAAUAUUUCUUGUUGAAAUAUUGGGUUGUGCUAUAAAUUUGAGUGUUUUGGGAUAUUAUGCAAUAUUGAGUUGGAGAGUGGGAAACAUUGCUAACGUUGUAAGUUACAUAAUUCUUCUGAAUGUUUAUAUUUUCAAUAUCUAUAUAGAUACAUACGUUGGAGAACUUCUUACUAUUCAAGCUAGAAAAGUUGGUGAAACUGGCUACAUGAUAGAAUGGCAUCAAUUGCCAAGAAAUAUUUCCCUAGAUUUGUCAUUUUUCAUUCAAGUUUGUCAAUUUCCGAUAAAAAUUACAGCGGGAAAAGUUGUUUUUUUAUCAAUGACUACGUUCACUACGAAUGAAUUACAUGAAAAAGUUGAAAUUACAGGACCAACAAAUUUUUAUAUUAUGAGUUUAUCAAAAUAUUUAUUAAUUUUAUUACGUGGUGAAUCGGUGAAAAAAUGUUUUAAAUAUAUUGAAAAUGAUUGGAAAUUAAAAAAAAUUGAAUUACAUCGUCAAGUUAUGUUAAAAAAUGCCCGUUAUGGAAGAUAUUUAAUAAUAAUAUGCGCUAUUUUUAUGUAUUUUGGUGGUUUUGGUUAUCAUUUAGUUAGGCCAUUAUUAUCAGAGAAAAUAAUAACUGAAAUGAAUCAAACUGUUUAUCCAUAUCCAGCGCCAAUAUAUGGAAAAAUUUUAAAUACUGGUCAAAGUCCAUAUUAUGAAUUAAUAUUUAUUACAUUACUUAUUGCUGAUUUUGUAUUAUUUUCUGCAACUGUUGUUUCAUUUAGUUUUGCAUCUGUAUUAACAUUACAUGCAUGUGGACAAUUGGAAAUUAUUACAUUAUAUUUAAAUGAUCUUGUUAAUGAUGAUUUGGAGGAGACAAAAAAUUCACCACACAAAAGAUUAAUUAUUAUUGUUAAUUCACAUUUAACAAUUUUGCGAUUUGUUAAUCAAUUGGAGUCAUUAUUGAAUGAAAUAUGUCUCAUUGAAGUUGUGGGAUGCUCAGUGAAUAUGUGUUUAGUCGGCUAUUAUGUAAUAGAGAGCUGGAAACGUGAGGAAUUAAUUGCCUGUUUUUCAUAUGCAAUAAUUCUUACGUCAUUUACGUUUAAUAUUUUUAUCUAUUGCUACCUCGGCGAGCUAUUAACGAAUCAGGCAACGAAACUUGCGGAGAAAGCAUAUAUGAUCGAUUGGCAUCGAUUGCCUAAAACAACAUCAUUAGAUUUGCUAUUCUUCAUCAGAGUUUGUCAAUUUCCAGCAAAAAUUUCAGCGGGAAAAAUUGUUAUACUUUCCAUGUCAACAUUCAGUACAGUGAUUAGAUCCUCGGCAGCAUAUUUUAAUGCCCUCUGGAAGAUGUCACAAUAAAUUUUUCAUAUUUCCC